UCCCUCCUAUAUCCUCCUAGACCAUUUCUGGUUUAUGAUUAAAGCAGGGGAAGUAGUUAAAAAAUCACGCACGCUUUAAACACAGCGUUUUCCAUUUCCGUUCACGGCGUGAUCUUCUAGCAUCAUCCCCAAAUUUUGCCAAAACAGAUAGAAGAAAAAGGCGACAUCAAAUCCAAAGCAAAUAUCAAAAUGCGAAACCCUAAAAUCUCCCGAUCCUCUAUCCACUAAGCCUUCUUUUCUUUUCUAAUAGUUGUCUGAAGCUCUUGUUUAUUACCUUUUUGCUCAUGGCGGAGGAGGUCGGCGUCAGCUUCGGUAGCGGCGGGAGUUCGUCUUCGAGGAGAGAGAUCAAUGGCGCGGGAUUUUCUUCGAUGGACUCGUUAGAAUCUCGUUGGGUGUUCCAAGACGAAGAUGAUUCCGAGAUUGAUGACGAGGAAGAUGACGACAACUAUGACGACGGGCCACAUCUUCCUGGAGUUGACUCCGAUGACGAAGAUGCUCCGGAUCAGCGCUUGAUUCGCACCGGACCACGUAUCGAUUCUUUCGAUGUCGAGGCUCUCGAAGUCCCUGGUGUACAAAGAAGUGAUUAUGAGGAUAUUGGUAUAGGGAGGAAGAUAAUACUUGCCUUCCAAACACUUGGAGUUGUAUUUGGUGAUGUUGGAACAAGUCCAUUAUAUACCUUCAGUGUGAUGUUUAGCAAGGCACCUAUCAAUGGAAAUGAAGAUGUUAUUGGAGCAUUAUCACUGGUUCUAUACACCUUAAUCUUGAUCCCCUUAGUCAAAUAUGUCCUUGUGGUUCUUUGGGCAAAUGAUGAUGGUGAAGGUGGUACUUUUGCAUUGUACUCAUUGAUUUGCCGACAUGCGAAGGUUAGCCUUCUCCCAAAUCAGCUAACAUCUGAUGCCCGCAUAUCAAGCUUCAGGCUAAAGGUGCCAUCUGCUGAACUUGAGAGAUCACUUAAAAUAAAGGAGAGAUUAGAGACUUCAUUGACUCUGAAGAAACUUCUUCUGAUAUUAGUGCUUGCCGGCACUUCUAUGGUGAUUGCUGAUGGGGUUGUUACACCGGCAAUGUCAGUGAUGUCAGCCGUUGGUGGUUUAAAGGUUGGAGUUGAUGCAAUUGAACAAGACGAAGUGGUGAUGAUAUCAGUUGCUUUUCUUGUGAUUUUGUUCAGUGUACAGAAGUUUGGAACAAGUAAAGUGGGACUUGCUGUAGGCCCUGCUUUGUUCAUAUGGUUUUGUUCUCUAGCAGGCAUUGGAAUUUAUAAUCUUGUUAAGUAUGAUACAAGUGUCCUGAGGGCAUUUAAUCCUGUUCACAUCUAUUUAUACUUCAAGAGGAACUCAGUUAAGGCUUGGUAUUCGCUUGGCGGUUGCCUCUUAUGUGCAACAGGGUCUGAGGCAAUGUUUGCAGAUCUUUGCUAUUUUCCUGUCCAAUCAAUACAGCUUACAUUUGUUUUUCUCGUAUUGCCUUGCCUGUUGUUGGGUUAUCUGGGUCAAGCAGCUUACCUCAUGAAUAAUCCUAAUGGUGCUGAGCAGGUUUUCUUUUCUUCAAUUCCAAGUGGCGUGUUUUGGCCAAUCUUUCUCAUAGCUAAUAUUGCCGCUUUGAUUGCUAGCCGAACUAUGACGACUGCUACAUUUUCAUGCAUAAAACAGUCAACGGCUCUUGGUUGUUUCCCUCGUCUUAAAAUCAUUCAUACAUCUAGAAAGUUCAUGGGUCAGAUUUAUAUCCCAGUCAUAAACUGGUUUUUGCUGGUAGUUUGCUUGAUUGUUGUGUGCUCUAUCUCAAGCAUUAACGAGAUUGGAAAUGCAUAUGGUAUAGCUGAGCUGGGAGUCAUGAUGAUGACCACAGUUUUAGUUACCAUUGUCAUGCUUCUCAUAUGGCAGAUAAACAUCGUAAUUGUGCUGAGUUUUGUGAUCAUUUUCCUGGGUUUGGAAUUGGCUUUUUUUUCCUCCAUUUUAUGGAGUGUGACAGAUGGAAGUUGGAUAAUAUUGGUUUUUGCUGUGAUAAUGUUUCUCAUUAUGUACGUCUGGAAUUAUGGUAGCAAGCUAAAGUAUGAAACCGAAGUGAAGCAAAAGCUCUCAAUGGAUUUGAUGCGAGAACUGGGCUGCAAUCUUGGGACAAUCAGAGCUCCUGGCAUUGGUUUGGUUUAUAAUGAGCUGGUAAAAGGAGUACCGGCAAUAUUUGGCCAUUUUCUAACCACGCUCCCUGCUAUCCACUCUAUGAUCAUCUUUGUCUGCAUAAAGUAUGUCCCUGUUCCUGUGGUGCCUCAGAGUGAAAGAUUCCUUUUCAGGCGAGUCUGCCCCAAAAGUUACCAUAUCUUUCGCUGCAUUGCCAGGUAUGGGUAUAAGGAUGUCCGUAAAGAAAACCACCAGACAUUUGAGCAGCUGCUGAUUGAGAGUCUUGAAAAGUUCAUUCGUCGGGAAGCUCAGGAAAGGCAAUUGGAAAGUGAUGGUGAUGAAGACAGAGAUUAUGAGGAGGAUAACUCUUUGUCAAGAGUUCUCAUAGCUCCUAAUGGAAGUGUUUACUCACUUGCUGUUCCGCUGUUGGCUGAGUUAGGGGGUUCUAGUAAUGAUCCCAUCACUGAAGCAAGCACUUCAGAGGAGGUGACGGCAGGUUUGCCUGCAGAUCCACUUGUUUCAGAUGCAGAGCACGGACUGGAGAGGGAGCUAUCGUUCAUACGCAAAGCUAAGGAAUCUGGAGUUGUGUACCUUCUUGGUCAUGGGGAUAUUAGGGCAAGAAAAGAUUCUUGGUUUAUAAAGAAACUGGUUAUCAAUUACUUCUAUGCUUUCUUGAGAAAAAAUUGCAGAAGGGGUAUUGCGAAUUUGAGCGUGCCCCAUUCGCAUCUCAUGCAGGUGGGCAUGACUUACAUGGUUUGAUGGUUCAUUUUAACCAAACUUAAAUAAAGUGCAUAGUUUUUGUCACUUGGAAAAGGACGGUUCAACAAAGGCAGAUGACCAUUCAGAAAGGGCCUAUCCUUUUAGCAAUACUCAAUCGAAGCUGCAACGCGGAGGAGCUCAAGUCAACCGAUAGCAGCCAGUCUUCAACCUUUCUCCAGAUGGAUGCUGGCCCUUUCAAUCUGCAAAUUUAGUAUGGAAUGCUUUCACUUGGUUUUCAUUAGGCUUCGCUGAUUAGAUAUUUUUGUAAUAUUUAUGGAGUUGCCUUUACUUUUGUGUAUUGGUUUAUUCGCUGUCAGAAGAAAGUUCAUAUUUGUAAUUGUUGGGGGAAGAUUUUUUUCUUUUUCUCA